UGAGACAGUAACUUCCGAUCGUACGAAAGAUGAAAAGUCUGAAAAUUCAUGAGGAUCCAUGGAUUCCAUGGGAAGAGAUGGUCUCCAGUGGAUUUAAUUUUGAACAUUCUGAAUCUCCCAGACCUGCCUGAAACCAAAUACUGAGGACAAAAAGGAUGGAGGGCAUUUGUGUGUGUGGAAUAUGCAAAAACAGUUUUGGAGACAUACAAGAAAUGUCCAAACACAUCGUAACCCACAUACGUUUAAAACAGUGCAAGAAAUGUGAAGAAUUCCUUCCUGAUUUAGCUUGUCCCUUACCUCACUCCUGCAGCUGUCAUGCACCACGACUGUUGACAGGUGCUUGUGUGGAUGGAUCUCAGGAGAGACUUGAUCCCGGAGGAUGUUUGGCAGGUGCUUGUUUAGAUGGACCUCAGGAUAGAUGUGAUUCUGGAGGUCUGUUGGCAGGUGCUUGUGAAUACGGCCCUCAGAGUAGACAUGAUUCUGGAGGAUUGUUGGCAGAUGAUUCAGGAGGAGGACCUUUGGAUAAGGAAACGAAGAUAAAAGUAGCCAGUCAGAUUCCAGAAUGUACAGGAGCGAGAGACAAGAAUCUUGCAGAGAACAGCCAGAUGCAUGGAAUGACUAAUGAAAAUCAGGAUGGUUUAGAAAAGAAUGUGGAUCAGGAUCUGUUGGGAUAUAUCCUAACAGCCCAUCAUAUGAGUGGUGAGUGGUGUAAUAUGAAGACACAGAAAGAAGGAAGAUCUGAACAAACUGUUAUGGAUGCAGCAAAGAGUGAAAGGAAGACUGAAGGGAACACCUUAAGAGACAGUCAGGUGGUUGAUAGGAAUGGCAUCAACAUUCAAAAGAAGUCGUUCAACGAGGGUAUGAGUGAAAGUUGGAAGAAUGACAAUGGAAAGCAAGAUAGCGAAGUAGUUGAGGAGGAAGACCAUGGAAAAGACGACAGUUUUGCUUCUUCAGAUGUCUCAAGUGGUUCUGAGAAUGGAAAUGAGCAAGAAGUUGAACACGUAGAGGAAGAUCAGAAAUAUUGCACAAAUUCCUCUGAUUCUGAUGACACAAACACUCAUGAAAACAAAGAUAAAUUGGAAGAGGGAAAAGGUGAUGAUGCUAAAUCUGAGGAGGUUCUCAGGUGUCAAUUAUGUGAUAAGGAGUUUGAGAGUUCAAGAGCCCGUAAAGUGCAUCAAGCAACACAUCCAGGCGGGUUCGUGUCAGAUUGUGAUUUGUGCGGCAAGCAUUUCAAGAAUGGGAGCAACUUGGCCAGGCAUAUGAGGAUGCAUCGUGGUGAAAAACCGUACAAGUGCAAAGUUUGUGGUAAAAAGUAUGCUGAUAGGAAAACUGUAACGAUACAUGAAAGAGUUCAUACUGGAGAGCGGCCACAUAAGUGUGAGCAAUGUGGUAAAGACUUCAGUAAUCCGAAGAGUUACAGGUACCACAUAAGACAGCAUCUUGGUAAGAGGGUAAAGUGUGGAACUUGUGGAAAGACCUUUGCUUCUUCAGCCAACCUGAGUGUGCACGUGAGAACCCAUGGUGAUCAGCAGUUUCUGUGUGACAUAUGUGACAAGGGAUUCUACCAGUUAGGCAACCUUCGGAGACAUCAGAAGACUCAUCAACAAGAUGGUGAAUCUGACACAGAGAUGGUGAUGAAGAUUAACAUGCAGGGAGGGAACUUGACAAAAUCUACCCACAUUCGGAGACGGGCUAAACAUCCUCGAGCAGCAGUUAGACAAUCUGUUUGUAAAACUGACGGGCUAGAUACAUAUGGUGAAAGUCAAGCUGGCAAGUCACCUGUGUCACGUCUAAAACAGAAAUAUGCCAAGAGAAAGAUUACUAAAAGUGGAGUGAAACCAGAAGAGUGUGUAUUGCAGUGUGAUUUGUGUAGUCAGGUUUUCAGUGAUUAUAGCAGCCUGAAGAAUCAUAUCGAACUCCAUGUGAGACCCAUAUCCGUUAGAACUCGCUCAUCUUUGAGAUCAGGGUCUGCCAGAUCUGUAGACUCCGGUCUCAAUUGUGACCUGUGUGGGAAGACCGUCUCAACAAUGGUGGAGCUGAGGAGGCACAUAGCAGGUCAUGUUGGCUCAGAAGAGUUAGAUGAUGGAGAUGAGGAAGGAACUGCCUGCCUAGAUGGAGAUAUUAAAAACAGACCACAAGGGAUCCAUUUCAAAUGCUAUUUGUGUGAGAGGACUUUUAAACAAAGACAUUUACUGAAACGUCAUUUUCGGACACAUCGAGAAGAAAAGGGUCAGAUUGUUUCAUGUGAUGUAUGUGGGAAAGAUAUCCUAAGCAAAAGAUCUCAAAGGCCACAUUUAUGUGUGGGAUGUGACAGUGGCUCCCAGUGUAGGGAUACCAAUGCUAAAAUGGAGACAGGGAAUACUGGUAAAGAGACUGAUGAGGCCAAUGGAGAUAAUUCAGAUAGUGUUGUUAAUGUUAGUGCACUUUUUAGUGACGAUAGCUCCAAAUCAGAUCAAACUAAUUCUGGAAGAGAUACACAUUUGUUGGAAAAGGAAAACAGCAAAAGAAAAUACAAAAAAGCUCCCAAAAAUAAAGUGUGUGAGAUCUGUGGUAAAGCCUACAGUUCUUCCAAGAGACUGAAGUUGCAUCGACAAGAACAUGACACACCUCCAGAGCCAACAUUUACCUGUGAGAUGUGUGGGAAGUCUUUCAAUCGACUCAGUGGUUUGACACGCCACAAAAAGUCUCACGCUUCACCAAGGCUUUUUCCAUGUGAGUAUUGCGAAAAGAAUUUUAGCUGCAAAUCAAAGAUGGAAAUUCAUAUCAGGACUCACACUGGUGAGCGCCCUUACAAAUGUACAGACUGUGACAAGACGUUCGCCGCCAAGUCAGGGUACCAUCAACAUCGCCAGCUGCAUUUGCUUGGAAAAGUUAGUUGUCAGGUGUGUUCCAAGAUUCUUGCCAAUCAGUCCUACCUUAAACGGCACAUGCGUAUUCACACUCAAGAGAAGCCAUACAGGUGCAAGCUAUGUGGUGAAGCCUUCUACAUGUAUGGGACAUUCCGUAACCAUCGCCUUGCCCAUCAAGGUAUACCUCCCAAAGUCUACACCAAAAAGCAACCAGCGACGUGUGAGGUGUGUGGGAAGUAUUUUCUCAGUAAGUAUUACCUGAUUUCUCACAUGCGUCUCCACACAGGUGAGAAACCAUUCACCUGUGAGGUAUGUGGUCGAGGCUUUGUCCAAGGUCAUGGGCUUCGACGUCAUCUCCAGUUCCAUGAAAAGGAAAAGUCUCGCCCAGAGAAGAAAUUUCAGUGUCAAGUGUGCCGCAACUUCUACCCUGACCUGAAGAACCUCCAGCGGCACAUGAUAUACCAUAACAGAGAGAGGAACUGCAAGUGCCAGCUUUGUGAUAAGGCUUACAUCAGACCAAGUCACCUUAAGAGACAUAUGAUAGACACUCAUAAAAUGAAUCCAAAGUCUAUGCAGAAGCCUCAGACACUUCCACAGCCGUGUGAACCUGCUCCCCCUCUUCUACAACCUCCCCCUAUUCAACAGACCCUUCUUCCUUCUCUUCAACACCUCUCAGCUCCAUCUCCCCAUCCUUCCGCAUCUCCAUCUGUCUCUGCUCUUCCUCACACAGCAACUGCUCAUGUUCCUCCUCUAGCUCCUCCUCAACCUCCUCAAGCCACAUCACUUGUUCCUCCAGCAGGUCUUGGUUGUGCCCCUCAACCUGCACCUCUUCAUCCGUCUCAGCAGCAGCAGUAUCAACAGUCUCCAAAUAAUCUGCAAAUGCACACUUUAGCUCCAGCCAUGUUUAGCUAUUACUGAGGCCAACUAUAUUUUAGUUAUCAAAGGUGGUGAAAGCAAUGAAAUUAAACUGCAUCAAGAUGUUUACCAAUCCAUAUGAAAAACAUUAAAUUCUUCUCUUUUAAACUGGAGCAGUGAUUGAGAAAAUGUCAUCUCUCUAAAAAUGGCCCAGGCCUCCCCAGGAUACUCAGAAGUCAGUCCUUAAAUGAUAAAUUUUUCAAUAAAAUUACAUUUCUUCAAAUUUACAUACAUUACUGAGAACAGUUGACAGUUCU